UUGGAGUCCAGUGGGUACAGGAACAGACAAAACACAAACGCUGAGGGGGAGGGGGAAAAAAACAACAGAAAAAGAACAAGAAAAGUAAGAAGUGUGUGUUGUGAACAGUUUAUGUAUGUUUUUUAUUGCACAGCAGAAGAAAAUCUUACCCCUCACCAAUGGGUAACUGUGCUGCUAUGUUGGCAGUGAAAAUUUGACGUGCACUCCAGAUUAGGUAUUAGAAUGGAGUUUGAGUACACAGUUCUCCGCAAGGAGGCAGAUAUGCACAACAGAUGUUGUGGUGGACUCGUCUGGUGUAUCAAGGAUAUAUGUGGGAUAAUGUGUGCCGCCUUGACAUGGAUACUCAUACUGUACGCAGAAUUUGUAGUCAUGGUGGUCAUGUUGAUUCCUAGUCCGUAUCCAGUAUAUAGCUUAAUUAAUGGAGUAAUCUUUCAAAGUUUGGCUUUUCUUGCCUUUGCUUCACACCUGCGCACCAUGUUCACUGACCCAGGUGCUGUUCCCAAAGGAAAUGCUACAAAGGAAAUGAUUCAACAAAUGGGGUUCAGAGAAGGUCAAAUGUUUUUCAAAUGCCAUAAGUGCUGCAGUAUUAAGCCUGAGCGAGCCCAUCACUGCUCUGUCUGCCAGAGAUGUAUCCGUAAAAUGGAUCAUCACUGUCCUUGGGUUAACAAUUGUGUUGGUGAAAACAAUCAAAAGUAUUUUGUAUUAUUUACCUUUUACAUUGCAUCUAUUUCAAUCCAUGCUCUCUUCUUGUCGGUUAAUCAAACCAUUACCUGUGUGAAACAUGAGUGGAAGGAUUGCUCCGUAUAUUCCCCUCCUGCCACUGUGGUGCUUCUUCUCUUUCUUGUGUUUGAAGCACUUCUGUUCGCAAUCUUCACUGUUAUCAUGUUGGCUGCUCAGAUGCAAGCUAUAUGGAAUGAUGAAACGGGUAUCGAACAAUUGAAAAAGGAAGAGGCCCGUUGGGUGAAGAAAUCCCGCUGGAAGAGCAUUCAAGCUGUUUUUGGACGCUUUUCUGUUUCCUGGUUCUCCCCAUUCACCACCCCUCUGCCCCGAAUGAAACAUGAAGGUUUUCUAUACUCAGUUUAAUGAGUUUAAUGGGAUGUGUAUUAAAGAGUGCGUACCUCAUGAAAAAAUCAAGAUCCUGAAUGUUUUGCUUCCUGUGACUUUUGAGCUUCCCAACAGUUCUGUCCUGGCAAACCUAUGUUUCUGUCCAUUAAUAUUUGUAAGGAAACAGUACUGCCAUCAUACCUUUUUGUGUUUUCCCUAAAAUCUAUCUAUUUUAAAAAACCAAAUGCCUUUCCUGAGUAAAUUUUUAAUGGCAUUGCCUCCAGGAGGCCAUUGCUAAUUUGACUUGUGUUUGACUGUGUCUCUAGAAUCACAAAACUUUGUCCAUUUUGUGUUCUUGUGGCUUGGAGAAUCAUCCAAAUAGCACACAGCAUGAAUUCUAAAUUUUUAAGCUAAGCUACUGAACGCACAUAAUAUCUGUCAGUACAAAAAAAAAAUGCUAUCAAUAGUCAAUGUAGGUAUAAAAUCCAACUUCUUUUGCCUUUUUGCCUCCAGAACAAAAUUUAAGUAAUUAAAAUAUUUCUCCUUCACACGAUUUUUACAUCUGUAAUUUAUAAGAGUGCGAGAAAUGGUUUAUUUACAAACAAAUUUUUAAACUUUAACCGAUAUUUUUUGUAUGCUUUGCUACAUUAAACAAGCUAUUCAACAUCAGAGUUUGUCAUUGUUAAGGACUGAAUAAAGUUAAGAAUGACAGACGAUAGAGUGGGUUUUUCGACAUCUUUCUUGCAAUAAGUAUUGUCUGAUUUCAGUGUGAUUGGUUCUGAUAAGAAAUUAGUAAGUGUCAAUAUGUGUCUUUGACAAAAAUACACUACUACCGUAUAGAUUUUUCUGUCGGGGGAUGUAAAAUUAGCUUUUAUGUAUUGUUGGCUCUAAUUUUACUUAAUUUACAUACGAAUUGAUGUGUUUUUGUUGCUGUUAGCUUUGAUCUCCCUACACUUAAAAAUGUUUUUAGUAAUAAGUGUGAGAAUAUUUCUUUAUCUGUUGUGCUCUCCUUAGCAAUUCAGUUACGGAGCAGAAAAGUAAAUCUAAAAGCUUGCAUUACCAAAAGCCAUUAGUUUGGUUGAUUUCUGUUAAGACUUCUAUUCCUAAUUUUUAAAUUCAGCAUUAAAUUGUUUUUUUCUGCUCUGCUUGUGGAUGUGGAAGGAGUUGGCACAUAGACCAGAGAUUGCUACCUGAUUCCUUACAAGAGGUUUACUAUUAAUUUUAGUGAGGUCAGCUGAAGGUGAUGGGUUUUGUGAUAUAAUUAUUCAUCUAUUGUUGAAGCCCAUAAAAGAAUCAUGUAGUAUUUUCCAGAGUACCGCUUUAUCUUCAUAACCAUAUUUUUAGAUAUAACUGCAUUGUUUAAUUAUAGUUAACUUGUGAUGUAGGGUGUUUUUUUAUUCUGUGAACAACUUUUAAUUCCAUCACAAAAGUGACAGUUUGUUUUUCUUUAUGAGUAAAGUCGGAUUUACGAUAGGAACGCAGCGGGCAUAGUUGGGAUGAGGGUGGUGGGACAGGGAAAACAACGCUCCCUGCACCACUCCUCUCGCCCCAACGACGCUCGCAACAUGCCUAUAAGUCCACUUCAAGCCCUGUAUCUUACUUGUGUAUGUUACAUUAUGUGUAUAGGCUCUUUACCCAUCUAUCCAAGCACCCCUUGUAUGAUGGGUUUGUUUGCAUAUUCUCCAUGAUCUAUUUGGAGUGCGUUGUUCUAUGUUAAUAGGGCUGUACUUGGACCCACUUAAGUUUGAUAGUAUUUCAAUGUUGAUGUUUAUGAGAGUUAUUAUUAGUAAAGUAAGAUAAUGAUGUUAGUGAAACUGUAUCUAUGCAUGAAAUGACUUAAGGUAUAAGUCUGUCUAGUCCUCUCUCUGUACUGAGUUUUACCUUUCCAUACUUUUCAUUAGUCAUAAUAAGCAGAAAAACUACUUACAUCGAUCAAAAGUGUUGCAAUGCCACUCAUUUCCAGCAAUAAUUAUAUAUAAAGCCUGAAUUUUUGUCUAAGUGGACUGCUAAUUAAGCAAUGUCAAAUUCUAAUUUGGUUACUAUCUUUCACCAUCUGUAUCUUUCACCUUUUAAUGGCAUGACUACUCUAAAACUGAAGUUCAAGUGCUGAGCCUGUUGAUCAAAUAAUUCUGGUUCUGGAGUCUCAUAUGUUCCAAGUUUGAUUUUCCAUAUGAUGCAUUCCAUUGAAAAGUACCUGAUGCCACGUUCAUGUCUGCUAACCAAACUCUGCUUGUAAAAUGAUAAUAGAUAACAAUAAAAAAAUACUUUUAAAAACAACAA